AUGGGAGUGUCGCGAGCGGCCUACAUAUGGUCAAUGGGGAUGAGGGACGGUGAAAUGCGCUGGCCUGGCCGAACAUCGACCGCAUCGCGCGCUGCCUGUACCCGGGAUCCGGCACGACGGAUCACAGCAACCACCGGGCACCCGGUUCGACGUGACCCUGCUGACGGUCUCUCGAAUGGAAAUGACCCAGAUGAGCAGCCUCAGCCGGCAGUCGGCAGCCGGCAGGCCGCACAGCCACUGAUUUAG